CUGUCGGAACGGCGCUUUUUCUUCCUUCCUCCGUUGCCACGGCCGCCCGUCCAAGAGCGACAGCCCACUCCGUAGUCAUUCUAGUAGCCUCUGGCGGCGGUUCAGUGGCCGCAAUACUCGUUAAUAAAAGAACCAAGCUCCACUCUCGGACCGUUUUGCUCUUCUCCAAAAGAUCGAACAGGAAAGGGUAAAACAAUGGCGGACGAAGGGGUUUCACCUCCUUCCCAGCGGCGAGAUUCCAUCAAGUCCUCAGUGCACAAUACUGCUGCACAACGGCGGCGGCAACAUGCCAUUGCAGUGGGAAAGGAAAGAAGAGAAGCGUUAAUACGCACAAAGCGCCUGUGUCGGGUUGCAGUUGUUGAUGAUAGUGAAGUUUUACUGGAGGGUGAUAUGCUUGUUGAUGAAGAGAAGGCAGUGUUGGAUUCCCAAACUUCUCAAACUGUAGAAGAUUUAAAGUCUGCUUUGUCGUACCAUGGCAAAGGGGCGACACAGAAGAAGAUAGAGAUACUUCGUGCCUUGAGACGCUUGUUAUCAAAGUCUGAAGUACCUCCUGUUGAAGCAGCCCUCCAAGCUGGAGCUAUUCCUGUCCUAGUGCAAUGCCUAUCUUUUGGAUCAGCGGAUGAACAGUUGCUUGAGGCUGCUUGGUGCCUUACUAAUAUUGCAGCUGGGGAACCAGAAGAAACAAGGUCGUUAUUGCCUGCAUUGCCUUUGCUUAUAGCUCACCUUGGAGAGAAGAGUUCUGUUUCUGUUGCUGAGCAGUGCGCAUGGGCCUUGGGAAAUGUUGCUGGUGAAGGGGAGGAGUUGAGAAAUGUUUUGCUUUCACAAGGAGCUUUGUUACCUCUCGCACGUUUGAUGCUGUCGAAUAAGGCUUCUACAACAAGGACCGCUGCUUGGGCACUAUCAAAUCUCAUUAAGGGACCUGAUCCUAAGGCUGCAACAUCAUUAAUAAGAAUUGAUGGGGUGCUAGAUGCAAUCAUACGGCACUUGAAAAAAUCGGAUGAUGAGUUGGCUACUGAAGUGGCAUGGGUAGUGGUUUAUCUUUCAGCACUCUCAGAAACCGCUGUCAGUCUGCUGGUAAAAAGUGAUGUCAUUCAUGUCAUUCAACUUUUAGCUGGAAGAUUAGCAGCAUCAGAGAGUUUGCAGUUGCUCAUUCCGGUACUUCGUAGUUUAGGUAAUCUUGUAGCUGGUGACAGUUACAUUACUGAUGCUGUCCUAAUUGUUGGACAUGAUAUCACAGAUCAAGUCUUAUCAGGUUUGGUGAAGUGUUUGAAAAGUGAGCAUCGAGUUUUAAAGAAGGAGGCUGCAUGGGUCCUAUCUAACAUAGCGGCAGGAUCAUUUGAACACAAGGAGUUGAUAUUCUCUAGUGAGGCCUCACCUUUAUUGAUGCAUCUUCUAUUAAGUGCACCAUUCGACAUAAGAAAAGAAGUAGCAUACGUUCUAGGAAAUCUUUGUGUUGCCCCAGCUAAAGGUGCUGGACAGCCAAGCAUAAUUCUGCGGCACUUGGUCACACUUGUGAACCAUGGAUGCCUUCCAGGGUUUAUAAAUCUGGUCAGGUCUGCUGAUAUAGAGAGUGCGAAGCUGGGACUUCAAUUCUUGGAACUGGUCUUGAGGGGGAUGCCCAAUGGAGAAGGCCCCAAGCUGGUUGAGAGGGAGGAUGGAAUCGAUGCGAUGGAAAGGUUCCAGUUUCAUGAGAACGAGGAAAUGAGAAACAUGGCAAAUGGAUUGGUAGAUAAAUAUUUCGGUGAGGACUAUGGGGUUGAUGAAUAACAACACCUGCACGACCAACUCUGACAUGGGUUCUACUUGUUUUGGACCUGCAACGGAUGUGCCAAAGGACCUUCAUCCAUCUGGCUCUGUAUUGCAACUGUUUGAUGUUUAAAACAUGUUUGUAUGAAUCAAAACGUGCUGUGUGAUGUAUGAGAUGGCAUGAUGGUGUACAGACCAGUUGUAUCUAUCUAAUUUUUUUUUU